UUUCCUAAUUCAUUUGAAACAAAUACACCGAUUGGAACAAACAGGCCCUAGUUCUCUCUGCAAUUUGACCCCAACAACCUAAUUUGGAUAAAGUUUGUUUACCUCCAAUCAAGUGUUUUCGCUCCAUUUUUGAUAAACGUUCAUCGAACUUGUUGCCUCUUUUAUUUAUAUUUUAAUUUAUAGUUCCAAUAAAUAACAAAACGAGUCAGUGAGUUGGCCACAUCGGUCGAGGCUCGCCGGUCUUCUAAUUAACGGUCCAAAAUGCGCAUCGCAAUCAUUUUUCUAGCUAUAACAUCAGUAUACACUGAAAACUGCUCAAUAUUUGAUGGAGAUAAAUACGCUAAACGAUCCGUACUGACCAUCAAAGGUCUUCCCACGAAUCUAGUAAUCAAUCCGGUGAACAAAGACCUACUAUUUACAUUAAUAGAUAUAGAGUCACUACAAAGCGAUGACGUGCAAACAAAAAUGGAUCAGUAUGUACUGAGGGAAAGUGAACCAAUCAAAAUUGAUAAUGUAAAUGGGCAAGCAGCUGCAAUAGAUGCUGAAAACAAUAAAGUGUACAUUGCAACUGAUGACGGACUUAGUAUUCUAAAUAAAACUAACAAAGCCAAUUUCAUAGGAUUCAAAGGAGACGACAUAACACAGCUCUUCAAACCUCCAUCGAACGAUAAGCUGUAUGCUGUGCUGUACCCAGAUAGUGAGGUUUAUGAAAUAGAUUUAGUAACAAACGAGAAAAAUAGAGUUGAAAACGUGCCAUGCGCUUUUAUUUUAGCUGUAGAUGAAAAGGACAAUGUUUAUUACGAGUGCGAAUCGAAAUACGUGAAAAUGUUACUGAAAGGUUUCCAAGAGCCGAUAGAAUUUGUUGGUAUACCGAAGAACUCGGCACGAGCUAUGGCAAUCGAUUCUAAUGGAAGAGUCGUUUUAGCUGCCAAUGAUGGGUUGUAUUGGCUGAAACCAAGCUCAAUGAUACCUAAGAAACUAAUGGAUCUAGAUUUCGUGCCUUCCGGUCUAGCGUUUCAUGGUAAUAGUAUAUUUUUGGCCACUAGUGGCGUAAUUUAUGAAUUUAGUAACAAUUGUGAAAAUUAGAUUUAUAUUUUUUUAGUAAACGAAUAAAUUAUU